CGCUCUCCCGAUGUAUUUCUUGCUGUCCCCCCCCGGCAUGGCCCCGCUGUGGUGGCUGCUGGGCUCGCUGCUGGCCGCGGUGGCGGGGGGGGGGUCCGGGGAGCAGCCCCCCGCCUCCGAGCCCGCCUGCCCCGUGUGCCUGUGGCGGCGGCAGAGCAAAGAGCUGCGCCUGGAGAGCAUCAAGUCGCAGAUCCUGAGCAAGCUGCGGCUGAAGGAAGCGCCCAACAUCACCCGGGAGGUGGUGAAGCAGCUGCUGCCCAAGGCCCCCCCGCUCCAGCAGCUCCUGGACCUCCACGACUUCCAGGGGGACUCGCUGCAGCACGACGAGUACCUGGAGGAGGACGAGUACCACGCCACCACCGAGACCGUCAUCAGCAUGGCCCAGGAAACCGACCCGGCGGUGCAGAUCGAGGGCAACCCGCACUGCUGCUUCUUCAACUUCAGCCCCAAGGUCAUGUUCACCAAGGUGGUGAAGGCGCAGCUCUGGGUGUACCUGCGGCCGGUGCAGCACACCUCCACCGUGUACCUGCAGAUCCUGCGCCUCAAGCCCGUCACGGACGAGGGCAGCCGCCACAUCCGCAUCCGCUCGCUCAAGAUCGAGCUCAACUCGCGCGCCGGCCACUGGCAGAGCAUCGACUUCAAGCACGUCCUGCAGAACUGGUUCAAGCAGCCCCACAACAACUGGGGCAUCGAGAUCAACGCCUUCGACCCCAACGGCAACGACCUGGCCGUCACCUCGCUGGGGCCCGGCGCCGAGGGGCUGCACCCCUUCAUGGAGCUGCGCGUCCUGGAGAACAACAAGCGCUCGCGGCGGAACCUGGGGCUGGACUGCGACGAGCACUCCACGGAGUCGCGCUGCUGCCGCUACCCGCUCACCGUGGACUUCGAGGCGUUCGGCUGGGACUGGAUCAUCGCCCCCAAGCGCUACAAGGCCAACUACUGCUCGGGCCAGUGCGAGUACAUGUUCAUGCAGAAGUACCCGCACACGCACCUGGUGCAGCAGGCCAACCCGCGCGGCUCGGCCGGGCCCUGCUGCACGCCCACCAAGAUGUCCCCCAUCAACAUGCUCUACUUCAACGACAAGCAGCAGAUCAUCUACGGCAAGAUCCCCGGCAUGGUGGUGGAUCGCUGCGGCUGCUCCUAGAGCCGCGCUGCCGCCCCGCGCCCCCUCCGGGCGAGCCCCCGCUGCCCCCCGCGGGCUCCUCUGCA